AUGGUAUCUAAUAGAGAGGAUCACCUUAAAAGAGGCACACACGUAACAGCGUACGAAGCUUUGAUCGCUGGGUCGAUCUCAGGUGGUGUAGCCAGAGCUGUGACUGCUCCGCUCGAUACAAUCAAGAUAAGAUUACAGCUACAGCCGAACACUUUUCGGAACAGAAAUAGCGUAGUCAAGGUUUUGACUGAUUUAUUGAGACAUGAGGGAAUAUCAGCACUUUGGAAGGGAAAUGUACCAGCUGAAAUAAUGUAUAUCUUGUAUGGGGCAUGUCAGUUUACAUCUUAUUCAGUGCUUAACAAUACAUUAACUGAAAUUGAAGAGUCUUAUAAGCUAAAUUUCCCUAAAUCAUUACACGCAAUGACAGUAGGAUUGGGUCUGGGGUUCUUUAGUACAUUGACCACUUAUCCGUUUGAUUUACUAAGAACAAGGCUAGUUGCCAAUUCUACAAAAGAAUUUUUGUCGAUGUCUCUUAUCACGAAAGAAAUAUUUCAUAAAGAAGGACUAGUUGGCUUUUUCGCUGGAAUUCGUCCUGCUUUACUUUCAAUACCUAGUUAUACGGGUCUAAUGUUUGUCACGUAUGAGAUUGCUAGAGAUAUAACUAGUGUUGUGACGAUUCCGUUUGUUGAGGGCCUCUGUGGAUUCAUGGCUGGAGCUGUCGCUAAGGCAUUGACUUUUCCUCUAGAUACAUUGAGAAAGAGGGGACAGAUGUAUUCAGUAACGGAGGACAAUAAGAAAAUAUCGACACUGAAAUUGUGCAUCGACAUUCUUAGAAAGGAAGGACUCUUCGGACUUUAUAAGGGCUUCGGAGUGAGUAUUUUGAAGACAGCUCCUACAAGCGCAAUAUCCCUUUAUCUCUACGAAUUAUCGUUGGCAAGAAUUCGCAAUGUAGAGAAGAAAUUAGAUUAG